AUGUCGAACGACGACGCGUUUGCGAGGUCGGCCACCCCCGCGCCGACGACGAGUACACCCACCGUAACUCCUGCACCUACGCCCGCAGUGCCAGUUGCCGCCCCCACUCCUGCGCAUAUCACCGGAACCACCACCAGUGCGAGCCACAACGGUGCGGCGACUGUAAGCGCCUCCGUGUCGGGCGGCAACGCGAACACCAACACCAACAACAACAACGGCAACGGAUCGGGCUCCAGCCACGGCAUCGUGUCGAGAGGUGGUACCAACAGCGACCACAACGUGAGCACCAGCGUGUCUGGCAACAAUAAUGCGGCGACUGUGAGCGCCUCCGUGUCGGGCGGCAACGCGAACACCAACACCAGCAACAACAACGGCAACGGAUCGGGCUCCAGCCACGGCAUCGUGUCGAGCGGUGGUACCAACAGCGACCACAACGUGAGCACCAGCGUGUCUGGCAACAAUGGUGCGGCAACUGUGAGCGCCUCCGUGUCGGGCGGCAACGCGAACACCAACACCAGCAACAACAACGGCAACGGAUCGGGCUCCAGCCACGGCAUCGUGUCGAGAGGUGGUACCAACGGCGACCACAACUGA